AUGAUACCUUUAAUCAGAUCUAUAGUUUCCGCUCCUAAAAAGAGUUAUAUAUCGGAAGACAAUGUUAGAUUUGAUCUUAGUUAUGUUACUCUGCGAUUGAUAGUUUCUUCAGGUCCAAGUUCCAGUUUUUGGAAGUUUUAUAGGUAUCCUGUAACAGAUCUAGUAGAGAUAUUAAAUAAAAAUCAUGGAGACAAUUGGAUGAUUUGGAAUCUUAGAGGUGAAGGAAUGGGUUAUUUACCUGAAGAAGUUGAUGGGAAAGUUCAAUGGUUCCCUUUCCCUGAUCAUCAGGCCCCCAGUUUCCAAUUACUCAAAGAAUGUGUUGAGAGCAUACAUCACUUUUUAUCGUUGAACCCUGAUAAUGUAGCCUUGAUUCAUUGUAAAGCUGGCAAAGGACGAAGCGGUACGCUAUGUUGUGGAUAUAUGAUGUUUGAGAGUAAUUUCAAGGGUCUGACUUUAACAGUGGAAGAGGUUAAUGAAGUUUAUAGUGAUAAGAGAAUGAGAAUAGGUAAAGGAGUUACCAUCAAGAGUCAAUUAAGAUACCUAGAGUAUUGGCACCAGUACUUAACACAACCCAAGUAUCAACUUGACUUCAAGGUUAUCCCACAAGUUGAAUUAUCCAUAAGUCUUAAAAAUGCCGUUAGUUAUACUGAUCAACGCUUGAAGCUAAUCAUUGAUGUUGAAGGAUAUGAGGAAAGGUAUAAGGGGGUGCGGUUGAUUCAUUUCCAUAGUUUCAAAACUCUGCCGUCAUACGGUACUGAAAAGACCCAUUCAUCAAGUGAAAUCAUUGUAAAAGAUCAUGACUUCAUCUUACCUUUGAUCAACAUCAAGUGUCAAGAUAUCAAAAUCAGUAUCAACAAAUUCAUGUUCUGUUGGUUCAACAUCUACUUCGAACAAGGAAAGUUUGAAUGUUUCUUUGAAUCCUUAGACGGGUUCAAAGGCACUAAUAAUUUGGGGAUUAAAUUGUUUGAUCUGGUGAUAGUUUCGUAUAGAUAA